CAGCACAACACCCAUCUCUCCUACUUGGAGCCCAGGGCAAACCCGGCAGCACCCCGUAGAUGAAAGCAAAGCCGAGCUCCAGCCCUGCAGCCAUGUCCACGUCCCUGCGGGUGAGCCCCUCCGUGCACGGCUACCGCUUCGACACCGCCCUGCGCAAGAAAGCCGCGGCCAACAUCUUCGAGAGCAUCACCCAGGAGUCCCUGCAGAAGCUCUUCAGAAACUCCGGGGACAAGAAGGCCGAGGAAAGAGCCAAGAUAAUCCUCGCCACCGACCAGGACGUGGAGGAGAAGACGAGAGCGCUAAUGGCACUAAAGCAGAGGAGGAAAGACAAACUGCUCCAGUUCCUGACGCUUCGGAAAUUCUUCAUCAAAGUUCACUGAGCUGGCCAAGGGAGCAGGAAUGGAGGAGAACAUUUGGGGACGGGACUGUUUGUGACCUCCAGUCCCACUCAGCAUGCUCCACUGCCCCGUGGAACUGGGGACCUGACUGACUGCCCGCAGGGCUUCAGCCCCAACAGCAAACUGUGCACCGAGGGCGGCAGCGGUGCCCAGGGUACCAUCAGUGCCCACAGCAGCAUCAGUGCCC